AUGAGGGGUCAGAAGGCUGGUGGGCUGGUCAUGUUCACCUCCCAACUCAAUGCCGGUGAGCUGUCUGGGGAGACCUGCUCAGAAGCCACUCAGGAAUCCACCCAGGGUUCCACCAAGGCUUUGCCUCUUGAGUGGCCAUCGUCCCAACCCAAGGAUGGGGUGGGGGGCCCAGAGUGGAGGUGGGGGGCAGACAGGAGUGAGUCAGGCUCCCCCAGGAAGGGAGAGGUGGUCACCGUGGACAGAGGCCUCCCUCCUGCCGAGACUGCCCACCCCCCUGCCGACCAGGCCUUGGCCUCCAGAUGGGUGGGUGCCGUCUCCUCCAUCCUGGGCACCUGGCUGGACCAGUACUCGGAGGACUUCUGUCAGCUCCCCGACUUCCCCUGCCUCAGGCAGCUGGUGGCCUACGUGCAGCUCAACAUGCCCGGCUCCGACCUGGAGCGCCGGGCCCACCUCCUCCUGGCCCAGCUGGAGCACGCGGACCUCGGCGAGGCAGAGCCAGAGGGUGAGGAAGCCCACCUGUCCACUGCUCAAAGGCACAGUGUGGAGCUGCGGCUGUGCAAUCGGGACUUGCAGGCAAAUUGUUUGCUUGCAAAUGAACCCAGGAGGCCCGGGGGAGGACAGGGACGGGUCUUCCGCCUUGGAGGCGUGGCCACGCGGCCGGCAGAGUGUGGCGCCUCCGGGGCACCUCUAGGGGGCAGGGGCUGCAGCUGGUGGGCGGGUCGAGGCCGGGUGGGAGGAGCAUCCGCCGGUGGGAGGGGCGCUAUGCUCCUUUCCCCGCCCCCCUCGAGCCCGCCCGGCCCCGCCCACCGGCUGCGUCCGGCCCCGCCUACCGCGCUGCCUGAGGCGUCCAGGCCAGCCGCGUCCCUGAUUUCCGGGCCCAGCUGCGCCCCUCCGUCCGUCCUCACCUCAGGCCGGCCGCAAGGGGCUGUGAUGGCCCGGGGAGGAGCCUUGCCCAAGGUUGGCGCCGAGCUGGUGAGAAGUGAACCGCGCUCCCAGGAGAGCUCCGCCUCCCGGAGGAACGCUCGGCUGCCACCCCUGGCCCCUACCGCCAGCCAGGGGGAUCGCCGCCGCCCAUCUCUGCCCAGCAACCCCCUUCCCCAGGCCGCGUGUGACCCCGCGGUGCCGGCUCCGGGCUGGAUUUCCUGCGACCCGGCUGUUUCCCCCAGAAUCCUUCUCCAAGUGCUCUGGCCCUAG